AUGUCACCACCUUCAUUUCGUCAACCUGGUGAUAUUGUAAAUGAAAUUUAUUCUGAAAAUAUUCAAACUAUCAUAAAAUUAUGUUUUGAUGUUGGAGAUGAUCCAAAUUCACUUAUUGAACAAACUAGACGUGAACUUCAGAAAAUGGUAACAGAAAUGAUUGCAGAAGAUGAUGCUUUAUUCGAACGUAAACGAACUGAACUUGUACCCAUUCGUACACGUUAUGAAUCACUUUAUCAUGAAUUACAUCCAGAUAAAACAUGUCCACAAUAUGGUAAUACAUUACCUGUUCUUCAAGCAUUACGUAUUUAUGUUGAUGAAUAUAAACAAUUAAAAGAAGAACAUGAAAAAUUACUUCAACGUGAACCAGAUAUACGUCGUGAAGAAAGACAAUUAUGUAAUGAACUCAAUGAACGUUCAUUACAGAUUGAUAAUUCAAAUUUUAAUUCUAAACAAUUAGUUACACAAAUAAGUCUUUUAUCUGAACAUAUUAAAGAAUUACGUGAAGAAAAAUCAAAACGUAUUAAUCAUUUAUCUGAAGUAAUUCAAAUAUUACAUGAAUAUGAAGAAGUUUAUGGAUGGAAAAGACCAACAAUUGAAACUAUGGUUGGACGAUUAUUAGUACUUGAUCUAACUCAAAUUGAUCAAUAUACAUUAUCAAAAGAAGCUUUAGAAUUAGUCGAUAAAGAAUUUUCUGAAAUAACUGAACAAGUACAAAAAGCUGAAAAUCGUUUUGAAGAAUCACAUAAACAAUUGAAAACAUUAAUGAGAAAACAUCAAUCAUUAAUUCCCAAUGAAAAAGCUUUAGCAGUUUCAAAUAGUAAACAAUGCCGAAUGUCAAAAUUACCUGAUCUUAUUGCUGAAGUUGAUCGAUAUACAGAACAUGCUAUGGAAAAAUUAACAAGUGAUAUAUUGAAAGCACGUGAACGUAUUCAUCUUAUACUUAAUAAAUUAUCGGUUGGUGAUGUUACAAAUAAUUCCAAAUAUGCUAUUUUAUAUACAAAUGAUUUUACAGAAGAUGUAUAUUUCAUGCAUGAAGAACUUGUACAUGAAUUAGAAGCUCAGUAUGAAAUGAAUAGAUCAUUGUAUGAACAAAUUGAAGCAUGGAAUGAAUUAUUUCUUGAAUUUCAAGAAUUUGAAAAAAAUGCUAGUGAUCCACAACGAUUUCAUCGCCGAGGCUAUAGUGCACUUGCAGAAGAAAGAACUCGUAAAAAACUUGAAUCUUCAUUGCGUGAAUGUGAAUCACGUCUACAAAAGCUUGCUGAUGAAUUUAUUCAAAAGAACAAUGGACAACCAUUUAUAAUGAGUGCUAAUGGAAAAGAAAUUUCAGAUUAUAUUGAACAACGAAAAGAAGAUUAUACUAAAGCUAAAGAACGAGAACGUGAAGCAGCAAAGGCUGCUCAUACAACAACAGCAACAACAGGUACAUUCGUUGGACGAACACCAUUGAAAACAAAACAAUUAGUUGGUACAACACCAAGUGCCACAUCAAAACGCUCUGAUCAAAGUACAAAUAUACGUACACCAUUGACAACAGCUCGUCGUGCUGGUAUUCCACAUUUACCUACAGGUAAAACACCGUUGAAUACUUCAAAAUUAAAAACACGAGCACAACAAAAACAAUUACAAACAACAAAACGUAUUAAUAUGGAUGCAACACCAUCAACAAUAUCAACACCUGUUAAACAACGUCGUCUUAUUGAUCAAAUUAUUAAUACAACUGAGAAUACUUCAACACAUAGUUUAACAAUUGAAAAUACAACUACAGGUUUAAAAUCUUCAAUGAUGACAACACCAUCAGGUAAACGACCAUUAAUUAAACGAGCCAUUCCUACUCCAAUUCGUACUCAUAAAUAA